ACACCUGUCUCUGUAAAUCUCCUGAAUAGUGGGAAGUUCACAUCUACAGAUGCACUGGGCUGUCCGCACCACUCUCUGCAGGGUCCUGCGAUUGAGGGAAGUACAGUUCCCAUACCAGGCAGUGCUGCAUCCACUCAGGAUGCUCUCUAUUGUCUCUCUGUAGAAAGUUCUUAGGAUUUGGGGCCCACAACAAGCAACUUCAACCAUCUGAGGAGAAAGAGGUGCUGCUGUGCUCUUUUCACAACACAGCCGGUCAAAAAUGACAAGGAAUUUGUGUACGGGAAUCUAGAGCUCAACACACCAGUUUUGCUGUCUCUGUCCAGAUAUUUAAGAAGUGGAGCAAGGGAUUCACUCAAUCAUCCUUCCUGCUCAGACUGUGGGGAAGGAUUCACUGAAUCAUCUGACCAACUGGCACACCCAUCAUUUUGCACAGGGUGGAACGAUUCACCUGAUCAGACAGUGGAAAUGGAAUCACUCGGCCUUCUCAACUGAAGGUACAUCAGCUAGUUCAUACUGGGCAAGGCCAUUCACCUGUUCUGUGGGUGAGGAGGGAUUCAGUCAGUCUUUCCACUUGUGGACACACCAGUCAGUUCACACUGGGCAGAGGCUGGUCAUCUGUUGAAUUUUGGGGAAGCAUUCACUCGGUCAUCUGACCGAAUGGCACACCAGGGAGUUCACACCGGAGAGAGGCCGUUCACCUGCUCGGAAUGUGGGAAAGGAUUCACUUGCUCAUCUAAACUGAAAUUACAUCAGCGUGUUCACAGUGGGGAGAGGCCGUUCACCUGCUCAGACUGUGGGAAGGGAUUCACUAUGUCAUCUAAUCUGAAGGUGCAUUGGAGAGUUCAUACUGGAGAGAGGCCGUUCACCUGCUCAGACUGUGGGAAGGGAUUUACUUGCUCAUCUAAACUGAAAUUACAUCAGCGUGUUCACAGUGGGGAGAGGCCGUUCACCUGCUCAGACUGUGGGAAGGGAUUCACUAUGUCAUCUAAUCUGAAGGUACAUCAGAGAGUUCAUACUGGAGAGAGGCCGUUCACCUGCUCAGACUGUGGGAAGGGAUUCACUAUGUCAUCUAAUCUGAAGGUGCAUUGGAGAGUUCAUACUGGAGAGAGGCCGUUCACCUGCUCAGACUGUGGGAAGGGAUUCACUAUGUCAUCUAAUCUGAAGGUGCAUUGGAGAGUUCAUACUGGAGAGAGGCCGUUCACCUGCUCAGACUGUGGGAGGGGAUUUACUUGCUCAUCCAAACUGAAAGUACACCAGCGAGUUCACACUGGGGAGCGGCUGUUCACCUGCCCGGACUGUGGGAAGGGAUUCACUUGCUCAUCCGAACUGAAAGUACACCAGCGAGUUCACACCGGAGAGAGGCCAUUCAUCUGCUCAGACUGUGGGAAGGGAUUCACUCAGUCAUCCCAUCUGAAGGUUCACCAGCGAAUUCACACUGGGGAAAGGCCGUUCAUCUGCUCAGACUGUGGGAAGGGAUUCACUUGCUCAUCCGACCUGAAGGUCCACCAGCGAGUUCACACUGGGGAGAGGCCAUUCAUCUGCUCAGUCUGUGGGAAAGGAUUCAGCUGGUCUUCUCAACUGAAAUCACAUCAGAGAGUUCAUACUGGAGAGAGGCCAUUCACCUGCUCAGACUGUGGGAAGGGAUUCACUGCGUCAUUCCACCUGAAGAUACAUCAGAGAGUUCACACUGGAGAGAGGCCAUUCAUCUGCUCAGACUGUGGGAAGGGAUUCACUCAGUCAUCCCAUCUGAAGGUUCACCAGCGAGUUCACACUGGGGAGCGGCCGUUCACCUGCUUAGACUGUGGGAAGGGAUUCACUUGCUCAUCCGAACUGAAGUUACAUCAGCGAUUUCACACUGGGGAGCGGCCGUUUGCCUGCUCAGACUGUGGGAAGGGAUUCUCUGUUUCAUCCCAGCUACUGAGUCACCAGUCAGUUCACACCGGGGAGAGGCCAUUCAGCUGCUCGGAGUGUGGGAAGGGAUUCACUAUGUCAUCUAAUCUGAAGGUACAUCAGAGAGUUCAUACUGAAGAGAGGCCGUUCACCUGCUCAGACUGUGGGAAGGGAUUCACUAUGUCAUCUAAUCUGAAGGUGCAUCGGAGAGUUCAUACUGGAGAGAGGCCGUUCACCUGCUCAGACUGUGGGAGGGGAUUUACUUGCUCAUCCAAACUGAAAGUACACCAGCGAGUUCACACUGGGGAGCAGCUGUUCACCUGCCCGGACUGUGGGAAGGGAUUCACUUGCUCAUCCGAACUGAAAGUACACCAGCGAGUUCACACCGGAGAGAGGCCAUUCAUCUGCUCAGACUGUGGGAAGGGAUUCACUCAGUCAUCCCAUCUGAAGGUUCACCAGCGAAUUCACACUGGGGAAAGGCCGUUCAUCUGCUCGGACUGUGGGAAGGGAUUCACUUGCUCAUCCGACCUGAAGGUCCAUCAGCGAGUUCACACUGGGGAGAGGCCGUUCACCUGCUCAGUCUGUGGGAAAGGAUUCAGCUGGUCUUCUCAACUGAAAUCACAUCAGAGAUUUCACACUGGAGAGAGGCCAUUCACCUGCUCAGACUGUGGGAAGGGAUUCACUGCGUCAUUCCACCUGAAGGUACAUCAGAGAGUUCACACUGGAGAGAGGCCAUUCACUUGCUCAGUCUGUGGGAAGGGAUUCACUCAGUCAUCCCACCUAAUGGCUCACCAGCGAGUUCACACUGCGGAACGGCCGUUCACCUGCUUAGACUGUGGGAAGGGAUUCACUUGCUCAUCCGAACUGAAGUUACAUCAGCGAGUUCACACUGGGGAGCGGCCGUUUGCCUGCUCAGACUGUGGGAAAGGAUUCUCUCUUUCAUCCCAGCUACUGAGUCACCAGUCAGUUCACACCGGGGAGAGGCCAUUCAUCUGCUCAGUCUGUGGGAAGGGAUUCAAUUGGUCAUCUCACCUGCAGAGACACCAGUCAGCCCACACGGGGAAAUGGCCAUUCACCUGCUCAGUCUGUGGGAAGGGAUUCACUCAGUCAGCUCAAUUGAAGGUACAUCAGCGAGUUCACACCGGGGAGAGGCCGUUCACCUGCUCAGUCUGUGGGAAGGGAUUCAAUUGGUCAUCUCACCUGCAGAGACACCAGUCAGCCCACACGGGGAAAUGGCCAUUCACCUGCUCAGUCUGUGGGAAGGGAUUCACUUGGUCAUAUAAGCUGAAUAGACAUCAGCGAGUUCACACUGGGGAGAGGCCGUUCACUUGCUCUGUCUGUGGGAAGGGAUUCGCUGAGUCAUCUGAACUGAAGAUACAUCAGCGAGUUCACACUGGGUAGAGGCCGUUCACUUGCUCUGUCUGUGGGAAGGGGUUCGCUGAGUCAUCUGAACUGAAGAUACAUCAGUGAGUUCACACUGGGUAGAGGCCGUUCACUUGCUCUGUCUGUGGGAAGGGAUUCGCUGAGUCAUCUGAACUGAAGAUACAUCAGCGAGUUCACACUGGGUAGAGGCCGAUCUCCUGCUUAGAGUUUGGCAUAAGAUUCUCUCAGCCAAAUCAACCGAAUGUGCAUCAUUGAGUUCACACUGGGGAGAGGCUUUUCACCUGCUGUGAAUAUGGGAAUCGAUUCACUCAGUCCUCUAACCAUAUGCAACUCUCACUUCGGCUAGCAGCUUAACUUUUAGAGUGAUAGCUCCCCAACCCAGCCAACUUAAGAAAUCUCAUUUGGGUGGAUGCUUCAUGAUGUGUCCCGUUCCAAAUCAGUACACUGAAAUAACAAACUGUACACAAUAUGUGAUUAAACAAUUGAGAUUUAUAAUUCCUACUUAGACUAUAGGGUUAGUAAAGAAAACAAAAAGAAAGAAAAAGGGCCCAGUCUCUCCUCUCUCCAUUCACAUCUUCUCAUCUCUCCCCAGCAAAAGGUGGUGAAAUUCUCUCUUCCAGACUCACAGGAAAGAACAACAUUUCUGCCAUUGGAGAGCCCCGCACUCCCAAACCCUGUUAUCUCUAGUCAUAACCUAAACAUUGUUGCUGCAGAGAAUCAAUUACCUUAGCAGUGAAACAUUACAUAGAGGCCAUUACAGUAGCCGUGAAACCUUGCAGCAUGUUAUACUUGUGACUCACCGCCGGGUUCACACUGGGCAGGAAGUUUCAAUAAGCUGUAUGCUGGAUAUUUCUCCAUCCAUUGCUGAAUGCGAUUUCAAGACUGACUGUUGGUGCUGAACUCUGCAAUUAUUGCUGCUGCUCACCACACCCAGUUCUGCACCCUGGUCACUGGGCAUGGGAGGAGUUUCUUCUGCUGCACAUUCUCCUUUAAUGGGACUGGAGUUUAAUAUUCUGCAUCUGAGACAAAUAAAUCAGUUCUAUUUUAAACUUUGUCUUUGGAACUCUGUGAGUUUACAACACAACUAGUGGACUCAGGCCGGCUGGACCCUGCCAAUGAUUCUAUUCCUUGACAGUCCUUUUAAAUCAUCCCCUAUUGUUCAUCUCCUGCUUCCCUGUGGUGAUGGGUUCCAAACCAGUGGUGAAGAGGUUUCCCUUAAUUUUUCUACUGACUGAAGAAGUCACACAUAUUGCAGUUCUGUCUGAGAUGUUCUUCACCCCUCAGAUCUCUGGGCUGAUGAAGAAUGACAUUGGGAGUUAACCUCCUUAUUCAGGGCACAUUUCCAUAUUUUGGGCCAUUUUCCCUGCUUCUAAAGGGUUGUUAGAAAACACCACUCUACUCUAAAGACUGAAAGCCAAAUGGGAAACCAUCCAUUGGAUGUUCAACGAAGCAGGGUCAGAAACCAGAGGCGAGUCCGCACAUUGCAGAGUUUGGGGCUCUGGACAAUGGUCGGGAUAAGAAUGUAUGGUGAGGAGAAGGGAAUCAGCAGCGGGACGUGGCAACAAAUGACAGAUAGCAAGAUUUGGAAGCUCAUUUGAUGGAAAAUAAUUCAGUUGUCUGACUGACAACACAGACAAUGCCUGUUGUGAGAUUCCUCAUUUGUUGAGGCACAUGUGUGUUCAGAAUGGUAAUAUCUAUUGAAGGAGUUAUUCCUGAUUGUUUAUCCUGUAAUAUUAUAUCUGGAUAGUUAUUUUUGAUUAACCUGUCUGUUAUAAUGUAUUGAUUAUAAUAUAAAUUGUGAGAUUCUGUCCCUAACUGGAUAUGGCUUCAAUUUAUGGUGCCUUAAUGAGGUGAUA